AUGGAUCGUCGUCAGCAUCCUCCUGGGUGGGCCUGGCACGGGCUUUCCUCGAAUCCAGCAACUCUUCACCAGCCCAUGGGUAACACCUGCUAUCCCUGCCCAGAGCCACGGGCCAGGAAGUACAAGUGUGGCCUGCCCCAGCCAUGUCCUGAGGAGCACCUGGCCUUCCGCAUGGUCAGUGGAGCUGCCAACGUCAUUGGGCCCAAGAUAUGCCUUGAGGACAAGAUGCUGAUGAGCAGCGUCAAGGACAACGUGGGCCGUGGGCUGAACAUCGCCCUGGUGAAUGGGGUCAGCGGCGAGCUCAUCGAGGCCCGGGCCUUUGACAUGUGGGCAGGAGAUGUCAACGAUCUGUUGAAAUUUAUUCGGCCACUGCACGAAGGCACCCUGGUGUUUGUGGCAUCCUACGAUGACCCAGCCACCAAGAUGAAUGAAGAGACCAGAAAGCUCUUCGGCGAGCUGGGAAGCAAGAACGCCAAGGAGCUGGCCUUCCGGGACAGCUGGGUGUUUGUGGGGGCCAAGGGUGUGCAGAACAAGAGCCCCUUCGAGCAGCACGUGAAGAAUAGCAAGCACACCAACAAGUAUGAAGGCUGGCCCGAGGCGCUGGAGAUGGAAGGAUGCAUCCCACGGAGGAGCUCGGCCAGCUAGCACAGCCAGCGCCAGGGCCAGGCCGAGGGAGGCCAGGCCGAGGGAGGCACACGCGCUGCCGGGCGGGCAGAGGCCAAGGUCCACACCCCGUGCCUGGGCAGGAGUGCUCCCUGGCCCCAGCACAUCAGGGAUCCAAGGCAGUGACCAGAACGUGGUCUCAAGGUGGUGGGGGCUGUGGGGACUGCAGGGGCUGGCCCUGCUGCACUUUGUCACGGGAGCCCAGGGUACCUGCCUCCUUUUCCUAAUGCUGCGCCUACCAGUCAGCCCAUCCAGCCCCAUCCUCCAUUCCUCAUGCCAUCUCCAUGCCCAUACUGAGUGCUGAAACGGCCCUGGGUGUUGGCCCCUCACUGUUCAAGUCUGGAAGCAGUCCCCGGCAGGUUGGGGCAUCUUCCAGAACCUCUCCCUUCCAGAGCCACUCUGCACUGCAGGCUAAACGUGUUUCCAGUGCGAUUCCUUCCAGUGAGCCAAACCUGGCGGCUGCUUCAUGAGCCUGACUGCCUCCUGCCUGCUCUCAGCAGGAAGGGCCCCCUGGAGCAGGCUGGCCCGGGUGGCGAAGUAGCUGGAGCCCGAUCACAGUCCCAUGGUUUGUCAGGGGCCCACCUUCUAGAUGACCCCUUAAUAAAGUGAUGGCCCCACAGAAGAAAUGCCUUCA